AUGACCGCUCCGCAGCCCAAUCCUACAGGACUUCUCGGGCAGGAAUCCCUUCCACAGGCAACGCCAUCGCCAGGCCUUAACGCAGUUUCCAUCAAGAUUCCCCCGUUCUGGCCCGCCGACCCCAUUCUUUGGUUCGCUAACAUCGAGGCGCAAUUCAUACUCCGAGGUGUUCCCACCCAGCUAACCAAAUUUUACCACGUUGUCGGCGCCCUCGGACCUAAUGAAGCAGCAGAGGUGCGUGACAUUAUCACCGUGCCUCCUGCAGACCACCCGUACGACGCCCUCAAGACAGCUCUGACCCGGCGCACCACCGCGUCUGAACAGGAGCGCCUGAGGCAACUCCUCACCGCUGAAGUCCUCGGUGACAGAAGGCCGUCCCAGCUGCUCCGACGAAUGCAACAACUCUUGGGCGACCGCGCUUCAGCACUGGACGAUUCCACCUUGCGCGAGCUAUUUUUGCAGCGGCUCCCGAACACUGUGCGCAUGAUUCUAACGACCUCCACCGCAGUCUCCCUCGAAGCCUUGGCCGAGAUGGCUGAUAAGAUAAUGGACAUCGCACCGCCAACCAUUUCUGCGGUAUCAUCGCAACCCCACGCGGUUUCCCCACUUUCGGCCACUCCCACGAUGUCAGACUUCCAGAUCCUUCGUGACGAGGUCGCGCGGCUGACCGACAUGGUUUCGACUUUACGUUUCAACCGCCGCUCCACAACACCCAGGCAUCGUAGUCCUCGUCGAAGCAGUCGGCGCCGUAGCCCCUCCAACCGCUCACCGUCCCCCAACCCAGGCGAGUGCUGGUACCACCAGACUUUCGGAGCCAGUGCACGCAACUGCCAGCCUCCCUGCACCUACCCGGGAAACGGGGCAGUCAGCAACUGA